CACUAAAAAAAACCUUUUGAAACUUGUGAAAAUGGUGGUAUUUCUAUUUUUAAAAUGUUAUCUCUAGCCACACUUUCGUAGUUGCAAGUAGCAUAUUUAUUAUGACCACUGUAGAUAACAAUAAGUUUCAACACUAACUAUAGAAAGUUAAAUACUGAAGCAAGAUGCAGGCCAAUCGACAUGCUACGUUUUCAUUCCUGUUUUUCAUUGGAAGCCUUCUGGUUUCCAUGGUUAUAGUACCAGGUGUUUUAGAAGUUUCUGGAGCACAACAAAGUAAAUCGUUACAAACGAAAGACGACAAAUCAGUGUCAGUAGUUUCGCAAAAUCUAAACGAAAAUUUGCUCGUCUCAAUCAACAAAAGACUUCUCAACGACCUCGUGAGUGCAAGUUACAGGUUCCUUUACAUGUCUACUUACUUUGGAAGAGCUGAUGUAGCGUUACCAGGGUUUUCAAAAUAUUUCCGCAAGUUGUCGGAAAGAGAGCUUGAACAUGCCAAUUUCCUCAUGGCAUACCUCAACAAAAGAGGUGGAUAUGUGGAAUUUAGAAACGUUGAGGGACCAACAAAAACACAUUGGCUUGACGGUCUAGAUGCGAUGUAUUCUGCAUUUGAAAUUGAAAAGUCGUUAACUGAUAGAUUAUUAAGUCUACAUAGAAAGGCUUCGAAAUAUGAUGAUCCUCAUAUGACACAUAUAAUUGAGGACAAAUAUUUGGAUCCACAAGUUGAUAUCAUCAAAGAAAUAUCCGACCAUAUAGCGAAUCUGUCUAAAAUGAUGGGGGAGAACUACGGAUUGGGAGAAUAUGUGUUUGAUAAUGACUUGUAAAACAAACAAAAAUGAACAAGAUACAAUGAAAUAGUAUAAACUAUCUCUGGUGUAAUUCGCAGGGAUUUUAAUCUGUUAACAAAACUCUAGUGUAUCUAAAUAUUCUUUAAACGUUUCGACCUUACGGUCUGUAUCAAAAUAACAUAAUUAGCAUAAUUUUAGUACUACCUUGUGCUGUUCUAAUAAAUUAAAUAGUAUAAGUUUCAUUAUUGCUAGUAAUAGUAUUAGAACGAUAUCUAAAACGAAAAAAAAACUAUUUUGAGGAGACUUUAACGUUUGUUUAAAUGUUCAGCUCAUUCAUGUAAGACGAAUAGUUAUGUUUUUCCUUACAGCUACAUAAUAAAGAAAUGAUGUUUUUAUUGAGUAUCAAUGUUUCUUUCUCUACUUUUACCUGACUCUGUGAAAUAUUCAGCCGUACAUUAUUAACAUCCACUUUAAAUCUAUACGUAAGUUAUUGUGAAAAUAUAAUGUUUUCAAUGAAAACUUCGAAGUAUC